GAGUGGUUCGGGAAGAACUUGUACUUCAAAAAUGGUGUUAAAUACUACUUAUAUGCAAUAAUGUUUUCGAAAAACAGUUGGAUUGUUGUUACUAUACAUAUAUCAUAAUGUGGAAAGGAAAAGAAAGUUAGAUGUAUGACAGAAACCUAGAUUUACUAGAAAUAUUGAUGGAUUUAACAAAGAAUUAUCUUGACUUGUGUCAGUGGGAAGAAUUUAGUUCAGAGUGAUUCUUAGCUUGGGAAUUCUUCGUGAGAAACCUCGAAACUUUUGAAUUUGGCAAAAUGGCUAUUCAUGAAACAAGAAAAUUCACUGAAUUUAUAUCCCCAGCUGAAAAGGUUGUUAUGUGAAUGCGGGGAUUGCACUUUGAAAGAUCUUAUUUGAUUUCAAGAUAUCAAGUAUUUAUGAAUUUUAGAAUGAUUAAAAGGCAAUAACUCUGUAGUUACUGAAAGGAUCCUGAUAAAAGCUUUGCAUGCACCACCACCCUAUUGUGAUUUGUAUUUGUGUUAAAUUUCAUGAGGAUCCGUCAAUGGAUUACUUUAUGUGGAAUAUAUGGAAUAUAAAACAAAGGGCAAUAACCCUGAAGUAACAUAAGUAAUCCUGACGAAAGUUGUGCGCAUGCACUACCACCCUGUAGUGGUCUUCAUUAGAGUAAAGUUCCAUGAAGAAUCGUCUAUAGCUUAGCUAGAUGCAGUCCAAAAUCCUUAUUUUUUUACCAGAACAAGGGGGAAAACUGUGUUUUUACUGGGUCAAUGGGGAUAAUACUGUAUGUGAGCAAAGGUCAUAUGCUAAUCAAUAAUACCAUGUUGAUGAACAUAUUAUGUAGAAAUAAAUCAACCUAUCUAUACAAGGUUUGGUGAUUCUAAUUAAAACACUUCUUGAUUUAAGACAUUUUCAGUUUUGGACGGACGGACAAACAGCUGGACAGGUAACGCCAGAUCUGUAUCCCUACACCUAUUUAUACAAUAAUCAACAAUUAAUAAUGGGUCUAAAUUUAUUACAGCAUAUUUUUGGUGAUGAUUUGCUCCUAUCAGUAUAUUGAUACCAGGAAGAUUAUAAUUGCACUGACAAUAGAAAAUAAAUAUACCUGAGAUAUCACCAACUGAAAAGCUUCCUUAUAACUGAAAAAACAUGGAGACAAAAUCUCUGUAGGAUAUGUUAACAAGUUGUGGAAUAUAAAGGAUUUGGAUAAUUUAUACUUUAUUACCUGGUUUUCCAGAAGGUGAGGUGGUACAGGGAGUCCUGGCAGGAAAACCAGUAGCAGUUGCAGCUUUUUUGUUGAUAAAAUACUACAUUUUGUAUUACUGUAAAACAUAAGUGUUUUCAUGUGAGGUAUGACUCAUGCAUUUUUUUGGUGUAUCAAAGUAUUCAAGUGAUCAAAGUUGGACAGUCCGACAGAACAACAUUUUACUACUUGAAUGAUAAUUGAUUGAUAAUUGAACUUUCAUCAGGAUAUACUACUACUAAACAAUGAUUAUAUAGCUUCAGUAAAGGUCAUUUCAUUGUUGGUACACCUGGAACAGACUGUUAUAAUAUUAUAACAUUAUAUGCAAAAAAAAAAGAAUAUACGAAGGAGGCAGAGCUAGUCCUUAUACAUUGCUGAUUUUGUGACAGCAAGGAAGGAAAAUGACUGACGUGUUUGAACGCUGUGGUGUCCAGUUACUGAAAGUUACACAAUGGUUGGAGGGUAACAGAAUGAGUAUACCACAUCGGAUCUUGACUACCGAUGGCUCACAGAAACAGUUUGCAAAGUCCCUGACAGAGUCGGACAGCAGCGGUGACUAUGUUACGCCCAGUUCCUCAAUGGCAGAUGCGAUGAGCCAGGGUAGUCAAGAUUCGUUGGACAAGCAUUCCAGUUUGCCGCGUAUGAAAAGUUACGAUGCGGCAGUUUUCGAUGUGUUACGAGUUCCUCCAGAGGAAUUUGCUAGUCAAAUUACACUGAUGGAUUUACCAGUUUUCAAGGGUAUUCAGCCUGAUGAGCUAACGUCCUGUGCCUGGACAAACAAGGAGAAACUCAUCAAGGCACCAAAUGUUGUUGCCUUUACACGCAGAUUUAACCAUGUUAACUUUUGGGUACAGAGAGAAAUAUUAAACACCCAAACAGACAAAACACGAGCAGAAGUUCUAGCUCACUUCAUUAAGAUAGGAAAGAAACUAUUAGAGCUCAACAAUUUGCAUGCAGUAAUGGCUGUGGUUUCAGCACUGCAAAGUGCUGCUGUGUUCCGACUCUCUAAAACAUGGAUGAACUUGUGUAAGAAAGACAAAGCGUCGUAUGAAAAGAUGGCAGAUUUAUUUUCGGAGAACAACAAUAGACAACGACUGAGAGAUUACAUGGACAAUGUGAAGCUUCCCUGUAUUCCAUAUUUAGGAUUAUAUUUAACUGACCUGAUCUACAUAGAUGUUGCCCAUCCUCACCAUGGUGGUAUGGAGCCACACCAUAGACGCUUACAGAUGAACAAUAUCCUCAGAGUUAUAGCAGAUCUUCAACAGUCUACUUAUGAACUUGAUGUAAAAGAACAUGUCCAGAAUUAUCUGAAGUCAGUUCGUUACAUUGAGGAAUUACAGAAAUUUGUUGAGGACGAUAAUUACAAGUUAUCUUUAAAGUUAGAACCUCCUAUCUCUAACCAGACAGUGUCAACAUCUAGAGAAGAUGUGAGUGCCUGUCCACCAUCCCCAACAUCGGAGCCCAGAUAUACCCACACCCUUACCCCAGGUCCCUCACACACUGGUAAACAACAUGGACAUAGAAAAUCCAGAAGUUUAAGUGCUAACUUUUCCUGUCCCAGUUUUCUCAGUUGUGCGAGUGGGGCUCCAGAACGCUCACAAAGUCUUCCUACAAAAACAACUGCACCGUAUGUUAAAGGUGUACGACAUCUGUUAGAUGACAGUGUACUAGAGGAGGAGUCACCAUGUGCCUCCAGUGAUGGAUCAUUAUGUAAAGGUUGUGCAUUAUGCCUUGCAGGUGGCGACACUGAUGAUGUUACGGAAACAAAUUCCAGUGAUCAAGAGGCAUAUUGGCCAGCUGACAAUUUGCGGCCAACUUUAGAUACAGGUAAACAGUAUCAACAGAACUUUACAUGUGAAGGUUGUUUGAAAAGAAAAACUUUGUUAAAGGAAGGCAGAAAACCAACGGUUUCAGCAUGGACGAGGUACUGGGUUGCGUUAUGGGGAACAAGUCUUCUGUAUUUUCCUGCCAAAAAUUUACGAAGAAUGGAAAGAAAUUCUUUUAAGACAAGUCCCAGUAAGAUGACGUCAGUGGUAGGUUGGAUGGUGGUCAUGGGAGAUAAUCCAUUACAGCCUGAUGCAUUCCAAAUAACAGAUCCAGUCAAGGGCAAUCAGUAUAAAUUUAGAGCGGGAACACAAGCACAGGCCUUGCUCUGGUGUCGGCAUCUCAGUGAAGCUUCAAAAAAGUACCAGACACAGACGCAGCCUAAUCUGAUGUCAUUUGACUGACGGUCAAGGCCAUGAAAUAUUCUCAAAGCUGUGAUAGAUUCAAGUACAUGCCUUCCAUGUUUUUGAUGGGAUAUUUUCAGUCACAUGACAAAUUGUGUCACCUCUGAUUAGACACAAACACCAAAAGUGGUCAUGUGACAGUAAAAGCUGAAGCUGAUUGGCCAGUUAUAUAUAGCAAUAUGAAAGUCAUGUGAUCAUCAUUCUCAGCUGUGAUUGGUUGGAUUUAUACAGAAUUGUUCAGCUGUUACUGGAAGGACCAUUCAACAGAAUAUGCUCAUACUUGUGGAUUCCAGAAAGGAGAAUAUUAUAUUGACAUGAUUAUUGCAGAUAAUGUUCUCCAUGAAGAUUUGGCUGGUUCACAGAAGAAACCUUAUGAAAGGCACUGAUGUUAUCAGUAGUAUUAUAAGUGAAAUCAGCAGCAACUGUUGGCCUAUUGAACUGUCCCGGGGUAGACAGCUCUUGAAAGGAAUCAUGUUUAUUUUGAUGACUACACUCGGCCAGUUUUUGAAAAUGCUUAAAGAAAUUAAGGUGCAAUUUAUUUUCGUGUUCAGCAUUUGUUUUCUGUGACGUUUUGUGUAACAGAUCAACCAGUGCUAUUUGUGUGUUACUCUUUUUGUCAGCUUGGAUGUUUCGCAAGAUUUUGAUCUAAGCUUUCUCAAGAUGUGCAAUACGACUAAAUGUAAAUGUUGCUAUAUUCUCUGUGUGUAGACAAACAAUGCAAACAUUGGAAAAAUGUUUUAAUAUGGUGGACAACAGACAAUUUCUAAGGAAGAAUAUAUUAUUGAAUACACAAAUGAAAUUUUAUAUCUGGUGUAUCUGAAAUUUUGAAAUAUGGAUUUAUUUCAAUGGACCAUAAGAAAAAAAGGAUAAUUUAAGAAAAAGGGCAUUUUGAAGCCUGAAAGAAGAUUUUUUGCCUUAAAGAACUCAUAGCAUGCCCCUCUAAAUGCUUUCCACUUUUUCGUUUCGUUUGUCACAAAAAUAUUUUAAAACUAGUGGUAAGAUUUUGAUAAUGUGCUCAUAAUUAUGUCUUAAGAUAUACUGUGUAACCAUGUUUUUCCUGCUGAUAAUACAGAAAUAAUUACCUCCCUUGAUUUGUAAGCCCAUUCUUAGAGCACAGCAUGCUGCUAUUUGUGUUUUAAUUAUUUUAUUGUGUUAAGAAUAUAUUAAUUUUCUUGCUAUUUAAACAUCUGCUAUUUUAUCUUAUGAACAGCUUGAUAUUGUUACAUAAUUUGAACAGCUUAAUUUUAGAACUUUACUGUUAUGUCAAGACAUUUGCAAGAUAACAUAAAUUGUUUGGUUUGGAUUCCACUGAAAUAUUUUAGGGUUGCAGCAAAGGUUCAGUUAUAUAUUGUACAGGGUAUCUGUUGUAUAGUAAACUGGAAUUACUCAUUAUUUGUGUAAGUACCAUAAGAUGUUACCGUAGACUCCUGUGUGUAAUCUGCAUUUAGACCCCAGGGACCACCUGUAAAAUGUGGGUGCUUAUACAAAGAUUUUAGGCUUAACUCUUGGGAUGUGAAUUAUACACAGGCAUGCAUUAUACAUGAGGGUAUUUACUGUAUAUUUCUGUUAUUUUAGUUUCGGUACGUUAACUUCAUAAUAAAAUGCAUUCCAUUUUGGUGUGGUGACCAUCUCUUAGGGUUCUGAAUUACAAUCUAUCUACAGGAUCAUAAUGCACAGUUUGCUCAGUCUGGUAGAAUGCUACUAGUGGCAUAUCAUGCACAUUAAUGCUUAGCCGGUGAACACGAUUUAUUCUGCCUCUGCGACCAGUGUAGAUCAUGAUCAGCUUGCACAUCUGUGCAGUCUGAUCAAGAUCUGCACUGUUCGCUAUUCAGUCACUAUCUUUUAGGUAAGCACCCCUUUUAACCCUUUAUGGUAUUGUCCAAAUUGAAAGAUGGACAAGGUUCAUUAUAGAAAUUUAGCAGGGUAAGGGUUAAUGUAGAUGAAUAUUUUACAGUCUUUGUCCACAUAUAACUUAGAACUUUUUAAGUUUGAGAUUUUUAAAGAUGACUGGUGUGAAGUAGAAGUUGCAGCACUGGCUGUACAGCAAUAGUGGUCAGUAGUUAUAGUCACUUAGUGGGUCAUCACUCUCAGAAUUACAAAUAUUUUUAACAUUGGCCAUUGAUUAUGAUGACCACUAUAACAUUACCUUUGAUAAAAUCUCUUACUUUAUCAGCUGGCUUACUUGACAGAUAAGUCAAUAUGUCCAUUCGGCGGAGUUGAAAUGUAGUGUCCAAUGUCCAGUACUUAAAUAAACUAGCUCGUACGAACAGACAGUAAGACAUUUUAAACCCCUAGCACUUGUGAAGUAUAUGUAUUUUUGUACAAUUUCAAUCAGUUACGGAUUCACACUGAAAACUUUAUUUCCUUUUCAUUUCUGUGGUUUUGGAUCAUUUUUUUUCUUAUGCAUCAAGUGUAAAAAGAUGGAAUAGUUAUUUACCCUUUUUUUUUUCAGUUUGUUACAUAACCCAUUUGUACAUUUUUUCAGUAAAUUAUUUAUAUGUGUUCAUAAGUGUACACAAUAGAUUUCAACUGAUUAUAGACUUAAUACUCGUCGGAAUGCUUUAUAGGGAGAAUGUUUAAGUCUGUGUGUAUGAUUAAUUAUAAGAAUAUAGACAGCAUAUUGACUGUGCGUUUUGUGAAAGGAAAAUACUUUUUUUCUCAUUUAAAUAUUUAACAUGAUUUGAACUUAUUGGAAGCAUUGUAUCUGUACGAGAGAUGCUUGAAAAGUUAUGCAGCUGGGUCGAUGCUAAAUUUGUUAAAAAGUCCAGUUUAUUUCGACUAAAUGAUUUCUUGACUCUUCCCGAGCAAGUUUUUUAGUCAUUCAGCUAAAAAAGGGGGCUUUUGUAGCCCCUAUUUUGGGUAUAUAUAAAGAGAGACAUUCAGAAAAGAAAGAAAUGUUUCAUAAUAUUGUAAGAUUUUGUAACUUCUCAAUCAAAUUCAUAUUAAAACAUAUUUCUUUUAAAAAUAUUGAUCUGUUGUAGACUUAAAAUCACUGACAGGCUCAAAAUAUAAUGAUUUUGUCAAAGAAGACCUCAUUUAAACAGACUCCUGAUAAUAGACAAAGUCAAAUUUUACGAAGCUAUUGUUUAUAAUGGCAUAGUUAUGGAAUUGUUGGUAGCAGAUGAAUAUUUUAUCUGAGACAAAAAUUUGAUGAGGAGAGUUUGAAUGUUUUCUUCUUUAGAAUAUCUUAACUGUAUAUGGUUUCAAUGGAAAGAAAUUUUCAGUUUUAGUGAGUUUGGAUAUUUUGCUUGUUACAGAGGUUUAAUACUGUACAUGUUUUAAUGUCUGUUCAGUACCUUAAUAUGACGAGAGUCUUUUCUCUCACCCGGAAACCUGUUGUUUAUUUUAACUUGUCUUGUAGCAUUGUUGAUAUGUAGUAUUGUUGAUACAAUGAUUUAUAAUUUAAAAUGUAACAAGCAUAAUAUAGAAGUUGUUGUAGAUUUUGCCAUAUGUACGACAAUACUUAACAUUCUCUAUUUGUAACUUAAUAAUGACCUCCAGUGCUCUCUUAUCUGAGGGACAAAAUCAAUAAAAUACAAACAAACA